AUUGCAUGUGCAACAAGUGAUCGUGAUGCAAAUCAGCACAAUGUGAUAUGUCAAUCAGAAAUGGAACACAUUUCAGUGAAAUUGUGUACAUUUCAUGAGGUCUUUUGCCUUGCCUCUGCGACUGUGCGUGUGUUACUGUUUGUAUGCCUCUUUAGGUUCCAUCCACCUUCCUGGCUUUGAGUUUUGGGAUGUGAAAUGUCCCUGGAUGAGGAAUGGUGGAACUGAGAUGGCGAUCUGUGUGGGACAGGUACAUCAGUGAAAUAUGCUCAUGGAUAUGGCACAUAGAGUGUGUUAAUCUGAAGAGGGAUGCCUGUGAGAAUUGUCAGCAGAUAGAGUUUCACAAUUGAUUGUCAUUCUGAUUCCAAGCCAGCCAGGUUCAACAUACUGACAGAGAAAGGCGAAAUUAUUUUCAUCAAUCCAGUUUUUAUGUGAGUGAUGAUGGGCCUUAACCACGUAAUGCCAACAGGAUGAUCCCGCCUGUGCUCCUGGAUGCAGUCUACAUUAUGGGAGUUCUCAGUCUUGCUGUUCUAGGAGAAGAAAACGAGAAGUGUGAAUACUCCUUCUCCUAUAAGCAAUCGCAGUCAGGGAAAUUUGCAUCUCCAAAGUUCCCAGAAGAGUAUCCUGAGCUCAUCAAAUGUAAAUACAGGUUUGAAGCUGCACAAGAUGGCCGUAUUCAGCUGGAGUUUGACUACUUUGACCUUGAAGACAUGGCAAAAGAUGAUACAUCAUGCCGGUUUGACUACAUCGAUGUGUUCAACGUUGAUGAAAUGGGAUACAUGUCUCUCGUAGACCGGUACUGUGGUUCCAAACUCCCUGAGCCCAUCACCUCAGCUCAGUCCACCAUGGAGAUUAUAUUUGUGUCAGACUAUACGAAAACAGCAAAAGGAUUUAUGGGACAUUACAAAUUUCUAGAUGAUAAUUGGUACCCCUUUGGUCCUAACACAGUGAGUCUGAAUGGCUUUGGGGGUAUUAUAGCCUCCCCUCAGUUCCCGGGACCCUACCCUGGACACAUUGAGAAGACGUGGCAGAUCAAGGUCAAGGAAGGACAGUUGGUGCUUGUCCAUCUGAUGGCCAUGGAUAUGGGACCUACAUCCCAGUGCUCAGACCCGGAGUUGCUGAUCUACAAUGGUUUUGCCACAAAGGAUAUGUUGCCUGUGAAGGUCCUGUGUGGUCAGCUGGCUGCAUAUGACAAGGGAAUGAGCAAGUAUUUGUCCACAGCAUCCAAAAUUGUUAUAAGGUUUGUGUCAGUUAAUGGCAACCCCCUAGGGAGCACUGGAUUCAAGCUCAGCUGGUCGGCAGUCAGGAUACCUGGAAAUGUAGGAAACUGUGAUGAGUUCCUGUGUGAAGGCGGCAAGUCCUGCAUCUCCACGAUAUGUCCCUCCAUGCCUCGCUACUGCAUCAACAAGUCACUGCGAUGUGAUCGCAUCCCCAACUGUGGCCCCUUUGAUGACAGCGAUGAAAGAAGAUGUCCACGAGAAAUCUUGAUAAUGACUGCCUGCAUAGCUCUCCCCAGUCUCGGUGUUAUUGGGCUGGUCAUCCUUGUUGUGUACUGCUAUCGGGCAAAGCAUGUGACAAAGUCGUUGUCACAGGAACAACCAUUAGCCAAUCAGAGACAGGUAUCACGUGACUCGAUGAGUCCUUCACGGAGUCAGUGUAUGAUGCAUACAAGUUUCAUCGAUGGCAAGAUGGGAGGUGAGGGAGAAGGGGGACAUAUGGAGAAGAUGGACAAUGGCGCGGGUCCUCCCCCAGAACCCAGUUUUAAGACCCAUCAAAAACGUGCCUCGUAUCAUAUGAUGAAACAGACGUUUGAAGACAAUAAUUUUGUCAUUGCAGAAAUUUAGGCCAUCAUUUCAUUUAUGAUUUAGUCUAAAACAUCAUUAUUGUAAGCCGUUAGUAUCAGAUGUCUGCACAACUGCUGAAUGGUGAAACGUGGACGAGAGAUCAAACAUGAAGUCCCUAUUCUUGAUGAUGAAUGAUAGCACUCAGUGUUCAUUAUGCAGAGGAUGAUUCUACGAACAUGACCUGUUUCCAAAAUGACGAAAAUCACUGUUGCCAUGAUGAAUCCUGAAGUCAUUAAAGUGUCUGUAAUGGUGUCUACAGCUUCAGUAAACUGAUGGAGGUGACAGCAUGAUGUCCCAAGAAACGAUUUCUCAAGUUGAAAAUGAUGCACUAGGGAUAUAUUCAUCACAGACAAUAUGGACCCAAAGAAGUUCAAUAUUGAUGGGAUGAUAAUUAUUCAUUGAUGGAUCUCCUGAUACUUAUGACUGUGUCACAUCUAAUGAUAAGACAGUAUGAUCGUUCGGCAUCUCAUUGAGGGCUUUAUGGAAGCUACUAACGUGUCUAAUACACUAUGGAAAAGACAUUAGGAGACAUACAUCCUUAUUUGUCAGCAAAUGAAUGAGAUGUCAUACACCAGGGAACAGAUACCUUGUCAUGUUCAGCAUAGAUAUUGGUGACAUUAUUGACAUAUGUCAGUAUUACCUUUGACAACCAGAUAACAAUAAUGUUAUUGUAGUACUUAUCUGACUGUGUUUAUAGCAUCUGGUAAUGAUCAUUAGGUACCUGAGAGGCAAUGGAAUAGCUCCCAAACUCACAUCAAGACCAAUACAUCUGAUCAACACAUAAAUGCUUGCCAUAUGCCCGAUGCAUAAUUGUUUCGCAUAUUGCUGGACACUGUUGACAUGUGGUUUCAGUUCAUACACACUUUAUUCUGAGAACUGGUAUCUGAUGUACCAGUAUUCAUCAUGUUCCACUGAUAUUGUUACCCUGGUACAUACAGUAUGGUAGGUAUAUAUUUAUGCAAGAUUCAAGAAGAACAUGCUGAACACGGUUGUGCAAUUUGACUUUUCUAUCAUUGUAAUCAUUGCUGACAUCUGGACAGUGAUUGGUGGAUGAGAACGAAUCAUGCAUAAUACAUUUCCCUUGACACAAGAGGCUGAAGUGAAGAAGAUUUUCUGUAACAUUUAUGUGUUUAUUGAUGUUAUGCAUUGUUUUCAGCAAGUAACAGGCUGUAUACAGAUGUCCAACAACUGGUAAAGUUUGAUACGUUCAGUUAGCUGGAACCACAGACGGACUCUUGGGUGUGCAGGUUUAGCUGCUCUUCGGUUUGAUCUGUUUAAAAUGCCUGACAAAGUCAUGUCAUUUGUUUUUGAGCAAAGGAAUUUUACCUGAUGAAGUCAUGUCAUACGUCUUUAUGAAGUCAUGUCAUGUCAAAUUUGCUUGAUAAAGCUAUGACAUCAAUUGCAUAUAGCUUAGUGAAAUCAUAUGAUAUUGUUUUUGAUCAACAGCACAUGGCUC